AUGCUUGCAACUCUUCCAACUCUUGACCGCAAGGAUGGGGUAAUUGCCACUUACCAUGUCGAAGAUGAAGUGAAUGUUGACGAUUUCAUCAAAGAGGUGACCCACACAGUCUACUUUAAUGAGGCCGAAUGUGAAGUGCAGUGUUCAUGUGCCUUGUUUAAGAUGAGAGGGAUUUUGUGUAGACAUGUCUUGGGCAUUAUGAGAGUUAAUAAAGUUCGUACAAUUCCAGAUAAGUACAUACUAGAUCGAUGGAGGAAAGACAUAAAAAGAACAUACACUCUUAUUAGAAGUAGUUAUGACAUUGUUGAUCAGAGGUCUGAAGUUAGGAGAUAUUCACGUAUCAUCAAGAAAUGCUACGAAGUAGCCACAAAUGCAGCAUCAUGUGAUGAGCACACUGAGGAUAUUCUAGCUAAUUUAGAUGCAUUGAACAAUAGCUACCGCACGAAGAAGCCACCGUCAAAGGUUAUAAUUUAUACACCCGAUGAGAUGACAGCUGCGAGUUCAACCAAAGUGCUUAGUCCCCAUGUAGUGAGAGGAAAAGGCAGACCACCAUCUCUUGGGAAAAAAUUAAUGAUUGAGAGAGUGAAACUCGCGACGAAGAAGGCUAGUGAUAAAGCUAAACGUAAACAGGUUCAUUGA